AUGUCUGCCCCACGGCUAAUUCAACGCCUUUCGCGGCCCUCAAGGUCGCCCUUCUCUCUCACAGCAGCAAUUGCCCGUCGCUCUUUCGGCAGCUCGGCUGUUCGUCUGAAUGAUGGCGAUGGGAAGGAUCGCGCGCCCUCUACAGCUCCGGAGCACCGCAAAUACCAGACUUCGAGGCCUUCGAACCCAGCUGUGCCUCAUUCAACUUCAACUAUGACCAAUGACUUCCCCAGCGUUGGCGAGAAGACCCCGCCUCCGGAGGUCUUGAGCUCGGUCGAUCCGAACUAUAAGCCGGUAGAUCCUUAUCCUGGCCGUGUCGAGCAUUACACUGGCGGUAGACAGCAGCCCGGUGCGCAGAAACCGGAGCUUGGUGUUGGGGAGAUGGAAGGAAUUACCUUCAAGGUUGAGCCGCUGAAACGAACUGGAGAGGACCCGGCGACCAUGAGGGCUCGCUUGUUGUAUCAGAGUAGAAAGCGAGGUAUUCUCGAGUCGGAUCUGCUGCUAUCCACCUUCGCCGAUGUCUAUCUGAAAGAUAUGACGCCAGAACAGCUCCAGGAGUACGACCGUUUCCUGGACGAGAAUGACUGGGACAUCUACUACUGGGCUACGCAGGACCCCCCAUCUUCUACGGACGGCCCAGCCGAGGAUACCGUCACAGAGACGUGGAAACGCACCGGAGCCAAGAGUGGUGAGUGGAAGCAGACCGUUGGUGCUUACAAGGCUGCGUAUAGGCCUGUCCCCUCGCGGUGGGCCGACUCCGAGGUCCUCAGGCUUCUGAGACAGCAUGUGCGUGAUAAGAGCGCUGUUGGAUUCCAUGCCGCGAAGAACAAGAAGACUGGCGGUUCUGGGCUGGGAAGAAUGCCCGACAUCCAGGUCUUUGAUAAAUAG